GUAGUUUAUGUGAGUUCCCCUUCCCUGUGCCUCCCGAGGCCCUGCUCCCUGAUGAUGAGUGUUGUCUGGUGUUUGUAGUGGAGCUGAACAAGGGACCCUACGGACUGGGCAUGGGACUCAUAGACGGACUGCACACGCCUCUGAAUGCUCCAGGGAUCUAUAUCAGAACUCUGAUACCAGACGGUCCGGCGGAGUCCGACGGGAGGCUGAGGAUUGGAGACCGGAUACUAGCGGUUAACGGGACCAGCCUGAUAGGAGCAGACUACCAGAGUGCUGUGGAUCUGAUUCGUCUAGGCGGAGGACGCCUGCGUUUCCUGGUGGCCAAGUCAGACCUGGAGGUCUCAGAGAAGAUCAGCGCUUCGUCCUGCUGACUGGAGGGAACGGCGGGAAUCUCCACGGGAACCGCUGCCCCCACAG